AUGCCGAGGCUGAUCUCAGUCCACUUGCUAGGACUCUGUUUGCUACUGAGUCAACUCCCCGGAGAAAUUCAAGGCCAGAGGUGGGACACCGUUAUUAAGGCCUGCGGCCGGGAAUUGGUGCGCAUGCAGAUCAGAGUCUGUGGCAACUCGCUGUCCAUGUGGAGAGAGAUGCAAGCCAAAAGGCUUAGACGCGAAGCUGGACCACCCACAGAAUUCCUGCCAACUUCUUUGAAGAUAGAUGAGGAAACCUUAAAAAUGCUAACAGAAUUCGUCAAGUCACUGAAUACAUCAUCGUCUUUGAAUCAUGCAACAAUGACUAAGCUACAACAAACUUCAUUAGAAGAGGCUAAUAUUUUCUUUAAAGAAUUCCAGAAAAUGAUCUGUACUAGUGACAGCAGAGGAUUAGACAACACUGAAUUAAUCAACAUAGGCUGGGAUAAAAAAUCCCGAAAAAAGAGACAGGUAUCAACUUCACUGAGUAGUAAAUGUUGUUAUUCAGGAUGUACUUUAAGAGAUAUUGCUAGAUUUUGCUGA